AAAAUUCUGGCCGAUAAACGACUGCUGGAGAACGCUCAGCAAGUGAAAAUAAUUGAGGAGCAGAUUGAGUAUACACAUCGCCUUCUUGAGAACAAGAGAAUUCUGGUCGGACGCUGGCAAAACGAUGUCAUGCAGAAAGUUCAUAAGGAAGACCUAUUGGUAUUGGAGCAGGAGAAUUUGGAUAUGGAGCGCAAAAUGGUAGACUGGUGCAAAGAGAAUCAACGCUUGCUCGGUAUCUUUCAGGCGAUGAAAGAUCGAGAAGUCGAGAUGAUUUUUGCUGCUGAGCGUUGCUUGCAGCGAAACAGACGUGCAAGGGUAUGCGCCCUUUCAGGAAUUCGCUGA